AAGAAGGCCUCCAAUAAGAGACAGAGGGGAGGACAGAAGUCUUGCUCCAAUGUCUUCUCCAUGUUUGAGCAGUCCCAGAUACAGGAGUUCAAAGAGGCUUUUGGCUGCAUUGACCAAGACAGAGAUGGUGUUAUCAAAAAGCAGGACCUGAAGGAGACCUAUGGACAGCUGGGGAAGCUUAAUGUCAACGAUGAAGAGCUGGAAGAGAUGUUGAAUGAGGGAAAGGGUCCCAUCAACUUCACCGUGUUCCUGACUCUUUUUGGGGAGAAACUCAACGGCACCGAUCCUGAAGACACCAUACUGGCUGCGUUCAAGCUUUUUGACCCCAACGGGACGGGCUUUGUUAAUAAGGAUGAGUUUAAACGAUUACUGAUGAACCAGGCUGAUAAAUUCACAGCAGAGGAGGUGGAUCAGGCCUUCGCUCUCGCUCCCAUUGACCCAACUGGCAACAUCGACUACAAGUCACUCUGCUACAUUAUCACGCAUGGAGAUGAGAAGGAAGAAUCUUAACGACGAGGUCAUACAGGUCGUGUGAA